AUGUUAGCAACAGGAUCUACGUAUAGCGAGUUGUCGUUUACAUUUAGAACGGGUAUUUCUACAGUGUCAUCGAUAGUCAUUGAGUGCAUGAAGGUGAUAUGGUCAAAGCUGCAACCCUUACACAUGCCAGUACCGACAGAACAGGAUUUUGUACGAAUUGCCAAAAGGUUCUACGAUAAGUGGGAUAUGCCUAAUUGCUUAGGCGCAAUAGAUGGACGUCAUGUAAGGAUAAAAAGGCCAGCCCAUUCUGGAUUAUUAUACUACAAUUAUAAAAAAAUUUUUUCCAUUGUACUCCAGGCAGUGUUCGAUGCAGAUUACAAGUAUUUAUUUAUUGAUGUGGGCAAUUACGGGCACCAGAGUGAUGGUGGUACUUUCAGAAGCUCAAAUUUUUACAAAGCCCUAACAUCGAAUAUUUUGAAAAUUCCUCGUUCAAGUAAACUACCAGGUUCUAACAUGUCAGUACCUUAUUUUUUUGUUCGCGAUGGCGCGUACCCAUUACUGGAAUACGUUAUGAAACCAUAUCCGGACAAAAAUGUGUCAUCAGAAAAAACAAAUUUCAACGCAAGAUUAUCAAGAGCUCGAGUUGUAGCCGAAAAUGGCUUUGCUCGAACGUCACAACUUUGGCGCAUAUAUUACACUAAAAUAGAGAAAACACCAACAGUUGUCGAUUGGAUUGUGAAAAGUACUUGUGUGUUACAUAACAUGAUAAUUGAUGUUGAAAAAGUCAAUCAGAAUAGUAGGAUUAAUAAUUCGGAAGAUAGUGAAGGAUUGGUGUCAAUGAAUAACGAUGAAAGCAAUGUGGAAUCUGUGCCAGGAAAAAUAAGGGUGAAAUGGUUUAGAACCCAUGCUCAUGUAAAUUGA